CGAAUCAAUAUUAUUUCAUAAGUCAGAAGCAGGCAGUGAAGAUUGUUCUAUGAUUUACCAAAUUUGUUGAAAAUAUCUCUAGUUUUGCUUACAAGUUCAGCGAAAUACACCACGAAGUAAUACUUUAAAUAAUGACAACCAAAAGCCAGACGAAAAAGUUUAAAUGGCAGCUAGAUUUUGCCUACAGAUCCCGUGCAGAAAUAGCUUCCCCUCCAGGAUUCAACCCAUCGGCCGGACAGCUGCACAGUGAAGUAGCCCGAGACAAUGACCAAAGCCAUCUGAUACUGAAGAAAUCCUGGGACAUAGCCCUCGGCCCAAUCAAACAGUUUCCAAUGAAUCUACUGAUUAUGUAUAUGUCCGGAAACUCAAUCAGUAUUUUUCCCAUCAUGAUGGUGGUGAUGAUGUUCAUCCGGCCAAUUAAAGCAAUGCUAUCAACCGGAGCUACAUUCAAAGUGAUCGAAGGGGUUCAAGCAACGGGACAGAAGUUUGUGUACUUUUUGGGCAAUUUAGUGAACAUCGGAUUGGCUCUGUACAAAUGCCACAGCAUGGGUCUUCUUCCGACGCACGCUUCGGAUUGGUUGGCUUUCGUGGAACCACAAGCUCGGCUCGAAUAUUCCGGUGGUGGUAUGUCGCUGUUGUAAAAUCGAAAUAAGCAGAGACCGUACUCUCAUUUUUUAAAAAAAAAUAAUUUAUUUCAUGUCCCGAAGUAACAAAUAACAAUAGUAAAAACGAACAGUUUACGGUAAACAAUGGGGUUGAACUGUUUGUUUAUAGGACAAACAAAAGAAAAACUCCUGUCUUCAUUAGAAAAAGUUUGUAUUUCGAA